ACAUGGUAGCUGGCUUCUGAGGGCUGAGGGUUCCUCCUUACGCUGGCAGUUUUUAACUACCCCGUUCUGUGUAGCGUAGCCUGUUUCUUUCCUCUACUACCAAAAAAAAAAAAAAACAAUUUAUUAGGGCUCAUCCCCGAAGUCGAAACUUCUACUGCAUUUUAAUCUCUUUUCAAGAGAAGAAGAAAGCAUAGAUGAUGACGCACUCCUCGAGUUCUCAAGAUUACGAAUUUCGUCUGUUGGGGCAAUUGGAACAUAUACUGGAAUCUGAUACUCUCAUUGAUGAAGUAGGCUUUGUUCACCCAACCCAGUUAGUGGCGCUAAAGGAAGAAGCAGGCAGCUCAAUUAAUCAUGUCAGUAGUUCACAGCAAUCGGAACAUAAUAUGUUUAUGACUGAUCCCUUCUCACAUGAUGGGACUAUUUUUUGGAAUCAAGAGCAUAAGUUGGCCAUCUCAACAGAAGUUAUUUUUCCCCUGUACAAUGCUGCUAAAAAUGCCUUUUUGGCUUCUGUUGAACAGUAUAAGAUGCUUAUCAACUUACCUGCCAAGACAGAUAACUCGGUGGCUGAAACCGUACAAGAUCAACAUUUAGCUUCUAAACACUUUCUUGAAAGUGAAGUGAUGAAACACAGCAAGGCUCUUUUGUUAUUAAGUUGCGACUUUGGCACUGCAUGGAAUUCCAGGAAAUUAGUUGUUUUGCAGGAGAUUUUGUCAUUAUUUAUGGAUGAACUCAAAUUAUCAGCAUUGAUUCUUUCAUAUUCACCGAAAAGUGAUCAUGCUUGGAGCCAUAGACGUUGGGUGAUCAAAUCAAUCGCUGGCAAGUGUCCAAACCUGCAAGAGAUCGUGGUGAAAGAAUCUGAGUUGGUGGAGAAAAUAGCUGAGAGAUCAAAAAUGAACUAUCGUGCAUGGCAUCAUCGUUGUUGGCUUGUUUCCUACAUGACAAAAGACCAGGUUCUAGAUGAGUUCAACAAAUCAAGAAAAUGGGCGGAGUUACAUAUCGCAGAUAAUUGCUGCUUUCAAUAUCGCAAACGGUUAAUGCUUAGGAUGCUGGAGGACAUCUGCUUGAAUCAGGAGAAUGACUUGUGCUCCAGUAACAUGAUGGGCCUCUAUAAAAUUUGGAAGGAGGAGCUUGACUGGGAUGAAAUGUUGAUCAAGCGCUACAUAGGGAGAGAGGCUUUAUGGGUUCAUCGUCGGUUCCUCUCUCAAUAUUGGGUGAAGCAUUUUGUUUCUAACAUUCAGUACACACCCUGCCACUCAGAAGAUGACCAUAGCAAAAACCGUGACAUGUACAUCUUUAUGGAUAAUGAAGUGGAACUCCUUCAUACUUGUUUGGCCGUUCUGGAUGAUGAUUUUGAGGAUGGCCAAGCACAAGUAACGUUUGUGGCUGCUUAUGUUUUCUGGAUGUCAAAGCAAAUUCCACACUCUCAAAGAACUGAGCUCGAAGAGAAACUAAAGAGAAUUGGAGACCUCAGGGAUUUGCUAAAUAAGGUAGACCCAGCAAAGGCUCAGCUUUGGAAUGGUCUAAUGAGUUGAUGGAGAAAAUUUUCAAGUUUUGGUGCGAUCACUUGUUGUAACCAUGGUUUAACUAUGGGGUUCUAAUAUUAUACUGUAUUAUAUUAAGUCUUGAUUGAUACAGUUAUAAGUUACUGUUGGGACUUUAUUAGAUUAGACUAAAUUAUUUGAACUUUGGAACAUGUUCUGAAAAUCUUGCCCUUUCUUGGUUGAUAAGACGUUAAAAUGUUCUAGUAUUAACUUGUAUUAUAUCAAGCCUUGAUUGAUACAGUUAUAACUGCUGGAAGCCUGGAACUAUAUUAUAUUAGACUAAAUUAUUGGAACUUUGUAACAUGUUC